AUGAGUUCUAUUGAAACUGGAAGUUCAAGACAAACAGACACCGGAGCAAAGACAGUGUCAAAUUUGACUAAAAACUUGAUGUCUUCCUCCAACUCUGGAGCUUCCUCUUAUGAUGAACUGAAUGAAAACCGUCAUCAUCAUCAUCAUCAUCAACUGCAACUUAUAAUGCAACAAGAUGAAUACCAGGACCAACAAGAACUGCAAGAACUGCAACAGCAUGAUCAUCCACAACACGGCCAACACCAAGCUGAACAACACUUGUAUUCUAUUGAGCUGGCAUCUCAAUUCUCUGCUCAACCUGCUCCUCCCAGCUACUCUGCAUCAGUCUACUCCAAUAAUAACAAGUUCAUUCCAUCUAAAUCAGGCGAAUACUAUAGGCAUACACCUAAUGUAUCUUCUUUACCAAUGCAAUCAUCGUUUAGUGGCUCUUAUCAGCCGAAUGAUUAUAUCCCUUCCAGUCACAAUACUCCCACGGCAAUUUCAACUUCAUAUUCCUCCAAUCAUUCAUCCUACGCUCCUGUUUUGAAUACUCAACAACAACAACAACAACAACAACAACAACAACAAUCUUUCCAACCUAAUGCUUCUCAAAAUCUAUUUACUAAUGUGUCAGGAGGCUCUGGGUCCGCUAGUUUCAAGCCUGCAACUACAAACUUUAUGCCUCAACCUUCAAUGGCCACUACCAACAUCUCUAUGGACUCCGCUAAUUCCAACAACUCAAUUCUCAGCACCUCAGCGUCAUCCAACAUGUCUCUGUCGUUUGUUUCGAAUCCCCAUGUUGUUCAUACCCCCGUCAAUCCGUAUCAGAGAUCUUCACUUUCAAGUUCCAUACCGUUCACUUCUUCUUUGGGUCAACCCCCUGGUCAAGGAAGACCUUCUAUUAACAGAAUGCCAUCAAUUGGGGACCAAACCAUUGGAGGAACUUCACUGUCUUUGACUUCAACCCCACCAACAUUCAAUCAUCAUAAUGCUGCUCAUUCCUUACCUACCACUAGUUCCUUCAUCCCCCAACAUCAUCAAACAAUACCAGCAUUACCACCUCAAGCCACUCAUUUAGCCAAGUUGAACAACCACCAUCAUCACAAUCAAUCCCCAGACUUAGCAUCUAAUCUGCCCUAUAAUCCUUCCCCCGAGGUUCCGCCAUUUGUGUACAAUCCUGAGCCUGAUCAUUAUAUGACUUACAGUGAGUUUUUGGUAAAUGUAUCACUUAAAGAUCAAACUAAUAGUGCUACUGGAGAAGGGGAGGAGCACUUAAACAUUGUUGAGUAUCCAGUGGAAGAUUUGAUUUUAAUGUUAUCAUGUCUUUUAACCAAGAUUAUUGAAGCCAACGAUAAGUUGCAUCCUAAUCAUUUUGACAAGACUAUUGCCCACAGACAACGGUUGAAGGAGGAGAGACGAAUAAGACGAUUGAACCGGAUGAAUGGAACUACAACCAAUAGAGAAUCCGGAAAUGAACCAGGAAUUGUGGAUGAAGACUUUGAUUUUGAUAACAGCAAUAAUAACAAUUACAAUAAUAAUAAUGAUUCAGAUGAUGAAGAAAAUGAAAUGGAAAAUAAGUAUUUGGCCAAUGUUCUUGCCUUUCAUGGAACCAAUAUCCCCACUAUUACAUUACAUGCAUAUUUGACCCGAGUUUUAAAGUAUUGUCCUGUGACCAAUGAGGUGUUUCUUUCCCUUUUAGUUUACUUUGAUCGAAUUGCUAAGAAGGCCAACAAUUUGAAGAAGAAAGACGUCAACAAUAAUAAUAAUGGCAAUAAUAGCGGUGAUAAAGAUAAUAAUGAAAUGGAACAAUUAUUUGUUAUGGAUUCCUAUAAUAUCCAUCGAUUAAUUAUUAGUGGGAUAACUGUUAGUUCCAAGUUUUUCAGUGAUAUUUUCUAUAAGAAUUUACGAUAUGCUAAAGUUGGUGGAUUACCUUUGGAAGAGCUCAAUUAUUUGGAGUUACAAUUUCUUUUACUUUUGGAUUUCAAAUUGAUGAUUCUGGUGGAAGAUUUACAAAAUUAUGCUGAUUUAUUGCUUAGGUUCUGGAAACGGGAACAAAUGGCUAAACAGUUGACUCAUGUUCAGCAAAUGCAAGAUCAACUGCAGCAAAUGCAACAACUGCAACAAGAAGCGGGCACUCAGUAG